CGGGAGCUCGUCCGCCGCCACCCCUCGCUCGCCUUCGCCGUGCUGGAGAAGGAGAAGGAGCUAGCUCAUCACCAGAGUGGACAUAACAGUGGUGUGAUUCACAGCGGAAUUUACUACAAACCCGGUUCUCUGAAAGCUAAGCUGUGUGUGCAGGGUGCAGCCCUUUGCUACGAGUACUGUGACCAGAAGGGAAUACCGUAUAAACGGUGUGGGAAGCUAAUUGUAGCAGUUGAACAAGAUGAAAUUCCAAGACUCAAAGCUCUGUACGAAAGGGGUCUGCAGAACAACGUUCGAGAUCUGAAACUGAUUGGAGCAAAAGAAAUAAAAGCGAAAGAACCCUUCUGCAGGGGUCUGAUGGCCCUUGAUUCUCCACAUACCGGCAUUGUGAAUUAUAAACAAGUGGCCCAGUCCUACGCUGAAGACUUCCAGGAAGCAGGGGGGACCAUCUUCACUGAUUUUGAAGUGACAAACAUGGAGAUGGCUAAAGAAAGUUCUUCAGAAAGUGAAGAUGGACUAAAGUACCCGGUCAUUGUUAGGAACUCAAAGGGUGAAGAAAUCUACUGUCAGCACAUUGUGACCUGUGCGGGACUUUACUCAGACCGCCUGUCUGAGAUCAGUGGCUGCAGCCCUGAACCACGAAUUGUACCCUUCCGUGGAGAUUAUUUGGUGUUAAAACCAGAAAAGUGCUAUAUGGUUAAAGGAAAUAUUUAUCCGGUUCCCAAUCCUCGGUUCCCUUUUCUGGGAUUUCAUUUUACGCCCAGAAUGGAUGGAAGUGUCUGGCUUGGUCCUAAUGCAGUACUGGCCUUUAAGCGAGAGGGCUACAGAUUGUUUGACUUCAGCACUGGAGACUUUUUAGACGCUGUAACAUACAGUGGGUUAUGGAAGCUCGUGCUGAGAAACUUGUCCUAUGGACUGGGUGAAAUGUACAGAGCCUGUUUCCUUAGCGCACAGGUGAAGCAACUUCAGAAGUUCAUCCCCGAGGUCACCAUCAAUGAUGUACUCAGGGGUCCCUCUGGAGUGAGAGCUCAAGCACUGGACACUGACGGAAAUUUGGUAGAUGACUUUGUAUUUGAUGGAGGCAGUGGAGAUAUUGGAAGCAGAGUUCUUCACGUCAGAAAUGCUCCUUCUCCUGCCGCUACCUCCUCCCUUGCCAUUGCAAAAAUGAUUGCAGAUGAAGUGAAGCGAAGAUUUGAAUUGUGAACGACUGACAGGUGUGGCGUGGGUUUACCCCUCUCGUCUGUGUGGCAGCUUGUCUGCAUUGAAUGAACUCUGCAGCCUUUAAUGACAAAGAUAAAACAGGCAACACGUUGCUUGCGAGAUCAGCGCUGGUAGAGCAGCACAGUGCAAAACCAGCGGUUGAAAUGUUUGGCUUUGCCAGCCCACAACUUCCCAGCUUCAGGAAUAAAGGUGUUAUGGUGCCAGGGAAGACCUGGGGUGGUACAGCUGGCUGCAAGAAAGAAGCAAACAGCCCCGUUGGCAGAAAAGGAUUGUCCACCCGAGCAGGAGCAGCCAGCCGAGGGGCUGGUGCCCGGCACAACGGGAGGGUCUCUCCGACCGUAGCCGGCCUUUAGGUGGAGCAGGAAGAGCCUCUGUGGUGGGGCUGCCCACACGGACUUCCCAUGCCUCUGGGGGAAACACUGUCCCCUCCUCACCCUCUAGAGAGGCCGUGGGUCCUCUGAAAAUCCACAAGUGUGGUUCUCUGUGUGCUUUCUGUCAGACUCCCUUGAAAUCUGUUUGGAAUCUACAGCCCGCUAGCUUACAUUAAAGUAAUGGAGAUAGAAGGAUAAGCCUGGCUUAAGGGUUCUGCUGAUACGGAAUUAAGGGCUUUGUCAGAGACUGAAAACAAUACUCAGAGCCUUCUGCAUGAAUGUAGAGUAAUUCACAGAAAAAUAAGCCUAACAAGGGAUUACCAACUCCAAGUCAAUUUAGAUAUGCCGUUCAGAUAUGCUGUCUAUCUGAUCCCUGUCUAUUUUUUUAUACAACGGAAAUUAAAAUGUAUACGUAACCAGUCAUUUUUCAUUUAACUUAAAUCUUGGAAGUCAGCACUGAUCAGAAACGACUUCAGUGGUUCUGUGGAUUUUUUUUUUCCCCUUUGAAUACUGGUAAUGCAAUAGGAGCUUAUCUCUGCACAGCAUGUUGAGCAAUCCAGUGGAAAUGGUCUUUGUAAAAGCAAAUGUGAAAGGAGGGAAGCUACAGAAACCUGUCUUAAUUGAGUCAUGUUGCACACUGCUUCCCUUGGAGCCCAAACAGCAAUGAGUCAGGAAGGCUUCCCACUUCCCCCAUGGCUGGCAAGAGGGGAGCUUAGAAAGUGCUGGUUACACUUCUAAGCUCUUACUGACAUUUGAAGUUUUUCAUAUUGGAAGAGAGUCCAUGUGGAGAGUGUGCUUUAAACUAGAGAGAGAUGUUAAACAAGUUUGGUACUGAGCUCACUGAGAAUCUCGGUGUGUUCUGCAUAAUUGCUACAAAAAAAAAAGAAUUAUGUGGCCCCAGGGAGAAAGUACUUGAGAAUACUUUUAAAGCAGAUGUUCACAGGAUGUUGGGUAAUACAGAUAAUUGUGGGUAGUUUGCUACCAGGCAAUUUGCCAUACUCAUUUUGUUUUUAAAGUUACUUUCUCUGCUCUUGACAUGCCUGAAGGGAGUGCGUUAGCAUAGGAGGUCAGGCGUGCUAGCUGAUGUUUUUACUGUACAGAGCUGAGCUGCUUUUGAGAGAGAAAGGGUUUAACCUUUUUUUUUUUUUUUUUUUUUUUUUUUUUUUUUUUCCCCUGGUGACAUCUGCUUUACCAGAAGAGUGACUCCCGUAUAAGCACAAACUGGAAAUUCAAAUAAUAAGCCCUUCAGAGAUAAGCUUUGGUCAUUCUUAGCCACAAUAGACAGCGACUCAGAUAUUCCAAAUGCUAAAAUGCCAUAGGGCUGUGUACAAGUUGUAUCUUCACAAUGCAACAAUCAUAUCUUCACUCCCCACCAGAAGUGUUGCCUAUCAACAGUAAACGCCACAAAAGGAUUGCAAAAGCAACUUCCUCCCACACGAGGUGUGGCCCUAACAUGUAUUAACAGAAUAAAGAACAUUAAAAUGCAAAGCAGUCAUAUAGUACGGUGAAUCUUAAAUCAGAACAUUUAACUGUGCAGCCUGCUGUGCUUCUUACUCUCAGGAGAUGAUUAUUUUGGGGUGGAGGUUAACUGAAGAUUUUGAAUUAUGAAUCUUUAUGUAGCAUUCUGUGAAAUAUAUAUAUUUUUAGAGAUAAAGUUAUUAAACCUUUUUUAAAGGGGUAACUUCAGAGAACUAUGAUAAUGGGUUUCAAACAUACAUCUUGUUGCCCAUGAAGUGUGAAAAUGUAUGAAUAAAUGUUCCAAAAGGGUCUCAUUCACUUGGAUGGCUUAAUAACUGUGUGUUCUCUAUUAUGAUUAAAAUAGCAUGGUGGGGUUUUCUAGUUGCUGUAAAGCCUGUGUAUUUCUCCUGAUUUACAGAGAAGUUUCACUGGUAUUUGCUAAUUCUCAUCUGAAUUAGGCAGGAUAUAGCUCUGUGUAAUAGGAAUUACUUUAUUUUGUGGAGGACACACAUGACCAAAUUUGUCUUCCUGAAGUACUUGUAUUUUAUCAGUGCUUAGCACACUUCACAGCUUUUUCUCACACCGGUAUGUGUGCAGUGGACAGAACCAGUCUUAAUUAAGCCCGAACUGGACCUGUAAUGGCAAGUGGAAUGGUGAUUCUUGACAUUCUGAAUAAAUGCAUUAGGACAGCUUUGGACAAACAGGCUUUAUUUGCCCAGUGUCCUGUAAAUCCCAAAUUAUGUCAGUCCUAAACUCUGGGGAGAGUAUGGCAUAUUAUAUAUAUAUAUAUUUUAAAUGUUGUGAAGAAAUGAUAUAGUGCCUCAUGCCAUGGACUUACUGGAUGGUCGCUCUUGGGAAAACCAGCUCCUUCGGGGCCCUUCAUUGCGCCCGGUCACCGCUGCCACACCUUGGAGCAGUUCAGGCUGUCGGGAGAAGAGAGGGAUGUGGCA